ACUUGAGCCACUCUAUAUAAGCGAUUUUAGGGCUCGUCACUAGGUCAAGCCAAUGGAGAGCUUGGUGGGAGUGGGGCAAAGCAUUGGUGGUCGCGAUUACAUGGAGGACUAUUGUAGCUAUCUGGAUCUAGAGCAUAGUCUCCUGGCCGGGGUGUUUGAUGGGCACGGCGGCGAUCAAAUCGCAAGGUUUUGCUCGGAGAAUUUCCUCCCUCACGUAGCUGGGAAGCUGGAGGAAAUGGGCGAGGACGAUCACUGCUAUCGCGAGGCUUUGCACGACGCGUUCCUGGAGAUGGACGAUAAGUGUUUGAAGGAGUGUGAGUACACCAAGUUGGACGACAAAGGCUAUGAGAUCGUGUCCGGCAGCACGGCGGUGGUGGCACUCGUCCAGCCUCGGGAAAAAAUCCUCACGGUCGCAAGCGUCGGAGACUCGCGGGCGAUCCUCUCCUGGAACAAGAUGGCGGUGGAUCUGGCCAUCGCUCACGAGCCCGAGAUCCCCGAGGAGCAGUCCAGGAUCGAGGCCGCGGGGGGGAAAAUCCAGCCCAACGGCAGCGUCACGGGCAAGGACGAGCGGGGAAUGCUGGCGAUGUCGCGAUCGAUCGGCGACUUCGAUUUCAAGCUGGAUCCGGAGCUGGCGCUGGACGAGCAGAUCGUGAUCGCGGUGCCCGAGGUUGUGGAGGAGGAGCUCAAGGGCGACGAGGAUUUCCUGGUGCUAUCGUCGGAUGGGAUCUGGAUGGACAGCCAGCAGGUCGUGGAUCUGGUGGGAGGGAUGAUGGGGAGAAAGGUUCCACUGGGCGAGAUAUGCCAGAAGCUCAUCGAGAAGGCUGAUUCUGACGACAACAUGACGGUGGUCAUUGUAGAUCUCGCGAAACUGAAACAAAGGUGAGAUGAAUUGGAGAGAGAGAGCAUUUCUAAGAACCCUAAUCUGCCCUAAAAUGUUAAACAAAGAUUUACUUUA